UUCCACCAAAGUCUCCAGCUGCCAGCAUCUGAUUAGAAACUUCUCCGAGACAACGGUCCCCACCCCGGCUGGACAGUUGCACCGGGCGCUCUGAGUUAGUCUUUCAGCUUUAAAACCCGGGAAAUGUGGACUGCAAGCGGUUCGCCCGUCCGCUCAGGCUCCCCGUUGGAUGGUAUGUCCUGAGGUUCUCUCCCAGUCAGAUCUGCUGUCUUCCUGCACUCCUUGAGUUUUGAAUCCAGAUAGCAGCCAUGUCUGACCCUGUUGAGAUCAGCAGUCCCAGCCAAUCAGAGACAUCGCCUACAAAAGCAUCUAAAAAGGACAAGAAACGAGGUCCAGAGAAGACUGAGGAAUUCCUACUGGCAAGGUUCAAAGGUGAUGGGAUUCGCUACAAGGCCAAGAUAAUUGGUAUUGAUGAUGUGACUGAUGCCAGAGGAGAUCAAAUGUGUCAGGAUUCCAUGAUGAAACUGAAGGGCAUAGCGAUAGCUGCUCGAGCUCAGGGACAGCACAAGCAGAGGAUUUGGUUAACCGUCUCCCUGUCUGGGAUAAAGUUGAUUGAUGAGAAAACUGGAGUGAUUGAACAUGAACACACGGUCAACAGGAUCUCCUUCAUAGCCCGUGACGUCACGGACAAUCGUGCCUUUGGUUACGUGUGUGGAGCGGAGGGCCAGCACCAGUUCUUUGCUAUCAAGACUGCCCAACAGGCUGAGCCUCUGGUGGUGGACCUGAAGGACCUCUUCCAACUGGUGUACAACUUGAAGAAAAAGGAGGAAGCAGAAAAUCAAGCCAAGGAUGACUGCCGACCCACUGAGAAUGGAAGUCCACUGCUGAAUUUUGACGAUGAGGUAUCCGGUGUUAAAAACGGCAUUGAUCAACUGCAGCUGUUUGGAGACAUGUCCACUCCCCCUGACAUCCACUCCCCAGCGGAAAAUAAUGACGGCUCUUCAGGUUGCUUGUUGGACUUGUCUUCUCCUGAAAUGGACCCCUUGAACACCUGUGUGCGAGGCGAUCCCUUUCGUGAUGAGACCACUGCUUCGUCACUCAAUUUUUUCCCCACACCUGAUCCCAAUCCUUUUGGAAAUGAUCCUUUCUCUGAACUUAACCAAUCAGCACCUCAAUCAGUUAAUUCUGUAAAACCUUCCAAUCAGAAAGAUGAAGCUCUUGCUUUCCUAGGUGACACCACCAGCAAUCUUGACUUUGACCAUCUGUCUAGUCCAGUUGUCGCAAACUCAAAAGUUGACUCUUCACCCUGGCCACUGAAUGGAUUACCAGGCCAAGAACCAAGUGCUUUGGUUAACAAACCAACACCCAAUCCUUUUGCUGAAAUCUCUGGCAUUGUACCAGCUACACACAAUGGGUUAAAACCAGAUACUCAAAGUGGUCCAAACAAGCAGAUGGAUUCCCUGCUGGGACAAGGUCUUGACUCCAUUACACUGUCCCCUCCACCACAGAGCUCCAAAGGAGGACGAGGAAGACGAACCAUUCAGACCACAAGUGAACAACAUGGGGUCCAGCACUACAAUGGCUCAGCCUCCAGCCCCUUCAGGUCUUGCUGCUUUGGAUUUGUUCAAUGUACCAGCCUCGACCUCUCCUCUGGCCAGCCCAGGUUUAUCAGGACCUUCCCAGACAACAUGGGGACAGCCACUUGCUCAACCUGGCCCCCUGCCUCCAAGGCCCAUUCUUGGUGUCUUUGGCAGCCAUCCAGCCACAGUGUGGAGCCAGCCACCCUCCUUCGGAGCCACACCAGCUCCCUCCACUUGGGGGCAGCUUAUCCCUGCCCCCGCAACCACCUGUCUGGGGUCAGCAGCUCCCUCAAGUCAACCCAUUUGGGUCUAAUCCCUUUGCGCCCUCUCUGCCAUGAUGCAGCCCACGGCAUGGCUUCUGUGUCCCCACCUCCACCCCCUCCCCGGCCCAUUCCUCAGGCCAGUCCCCAGGACUCGACCAAACCAAUCAGUGCCUUCACUACCUUGGACCCACUGGGAGACAAGGAGAAGAAGAGUGUCAAGGAGAUGUUCAAGGACUUCCAGAUCGCCAAGCCGCCAGCCAUUCCAGCACGGAGAGGGGAGCAGUCUAGUGUCCCUGGGACAUCCGGAGCCUUCGCCCAGUAUUUCGGCACCAAAGUGGGUGUGGCACAGGAAAUAGCCGAUCAUGAUGACUUUGACAUCAGCAAAUCUCUCCAGCUGCAACAAAUGAAGUACCAGUAGCCCCUGCUAGACAGAGUGCACCGGUGCUGAAUCCCUUUGACUCUGUUGGAGAUCCAUCUGCUGCCCUUCCCACAGCUGACUCUGUUCCUGCUACAGCUCCACACCAAUCUUCUGACCCAUUUGGAGAUCGCUUUGGAAACCCGUUUCUUUAACACCCUACACCCUGUAUUUGACUUUGACUUUCAACUGGUUAUUGCACAAGGGUUGACAAGUGGAACUGGUUUCCUGUGGAACACAUUUGUACCUGUGGAUUUCAGCCUUGUAGACCAUCAAUUGACCAAAACUGGUUACCAGGGACCAGACUGAUCUGCAGCCAAGUUAACUUCACUGAUGGAUUUGAUUUGCAAACCUGAAUGUUUUUGUCACCUGGAGAAUUGAAGACAGUCCAAGCUGCCUCUGGGGUCUAGCUUGUUGAAGAGCUUAGCUCCUGUUGUCAGCUUGGUACUCUGGCAGUCCUGCUAUUUUGAGCACCUUUUUUCUUGUUUGAAUUGUCUAUGGACUUGCCUGGUUUUUGUUUGUUUCAUGUGCCUUGCAUUGACCACUUGGUCUAGAUCUGUAGUGCUUUUAUUGAGCAGUAUCUGCUAUCUUUGCAUUGGAGGAUUUGUGGGUCACUGAAAGGGCCCCAAGCAUUGGGAAGUACAUCUCCCAAAUUGUAACCCCUUCUGGACAUUGAUGUCCAUCCUAGGAGUCUAGAGACAUGCUGUUGCUCCAGACUUGAUGUUGGACAUUGGGUUUGGACUACAGAUGUGGUGAUGUGUUCCAGAAAUGCAACAUGCAAAUGGUUGGGAACCAGCGAGCCUGAAAUGAGGAAAUGCUAAACUUUGCACAUUUUGUAUUUUAAACUUUCAAUGAAAGAUUUAGCACUAAGGUUAACAAGAGCCUGAUUAAACCAAAUGAAACUCUCCCUGGACCACUAGGCAGUGUCCAACUGUUCUGCUCCACUGAGUGGAAUGAUCCUGCUAGUCCUUGCAGAGCUGUCUACGGCAUGGAUACUGUUUGAGAGUGGGACCAAUAUUGCUGCUACACCAACUCUACGUUCACGAGUGGGUCCCAUGCGCACACCAGACAGACGGAUCAGUGUGACGUAGCCUGCUGUGUACACUACUAAAUUUGUAUAUUCACUCAACCUGCCCCAAACACCAUGUUAAACCCAGUGUAAUACUUUGGUUACUGCAGUAGUGAGUCUCAGAUAUUUAAACUCGGUGUACACAUCACUCCAAUGUAUCCAUUCACCUGAUUGUAAGGUAACACAUCUACUGCAAACACUGUCUCACCGUGGACACCAGGGCCAGUCAGUAGGUCAUCUAAAAGGUGUAGAUUUGACACCAAGUCCAGGACUGCCACCUUGAUUGUAUGAACAGCCACUUGAACUCACCAGCACUCCACUUGCUAGUUCCUUGGCAGCCCUAGUCUGUGUCCAUCCAAUAUCUUAACUCAAAUGGUUCAACAAACUGGAACUGUAGAUUGUUAAGCUUUAAUGUAAUCAGUCUAAUGUGAUCUUUUAUUAAAUGUAUUAAUGCAGCAUUUAA